UCGAACGGAAAAGAAAAUGGCAGAGACGCGGAACAAGGACUUUCUGUUCAUGAUAGAGCCGGAGGCCAGGGAUUUAAGGCAUAACAGAAAACACAUGACCCUACAGGUGGAAUAUCAAAACCAAGCCAUCAAUUUCCAGAUCGAUGAGUUCGACUGGGGAGGAUUUGAAACGUGACUGAAAGAAAAACCACAUCAAUCUGUCUCUUAUUCCAUCACAAAAUCUUCUCCAUGAUUGCGCACCAUACACCCCAAAUAUAUUCGUCCCCUAUAUGGCUGUGGCUGUGCCUUGUGCUUACCCAAAUGCUGAAAGUACUGCAUACAAAGUGUAAAAAAAAUCUCUUUGAUUUUGCAGGGGAUUUCCACAACUCGAAAAAAAACAUGAGAAAAUCUCAGAGAGGCAGAUCAAGGACUAUUUGUCGUGAUACAUUGAGCCAGCCAGAUGAGAAUGAAAGGCAUAACAGAAAACAUAUGAUCGUACAUUUCGUAUCAUGAGAAGCAUGAAGUCAAUUUCUAGAUCAGUGAGUUCCAGGUGGAGAGGGUUUGGCACGUGCCAAGAAAGGCGGCUGCGACGGACGUCAGUGAAGAUGGCGCUGUCAAUCGUUGACGGUUUAAUAAAUAAACAUCUGGCCGUCGGCUGCAUGUCAUUGGGUGUGUCAUAUAAUCUCCAACAAAGCCCAUCAUCAUCUCUCCAGAAAUGGCUGCAUAAGCAAUCAUAUGUAUGGAGCUUUAUAGCUUCUAUAAAAUGGGGCAUGAUUCCCAGUGAAGUCACGGUGGCUCGCGUAUCCUAGUCUUCGAAACUGCAUUAAUAGAAGUUGUAGCACAUUCUAGCACUCUAACUUUUACUUCUCUAGCAUGGCGUCCAAGCUGCCGAUGUUGGCAUGUCUUGUUUUAGUUGCUGUCUUGUGCUUGGCACUCGUGGGCAAUGCUUCCGAUUGCAAUACUGGGUGUGGACUCUUUGGCGCCAAAUCAGCUGUUUCCAUGAAGACUGAGAACAGAAAGAUUCUUGCCAGUUUGAAGGAGAAGAAAGAGACUGUGAAGGGUGGCCUGCAAGUAUCGGCAACAAUUAGUAAUGGUGGGGGCUUCCUGGGUUGGGAGUUAAGGAGGGUUCCGUCUGGUCCAGACCCGUUGCACCAUAACGGUGGAAACCCAAAAAAACCUAGAGCUCUUUGAACUCUACUGUUGUUACUUUAUAAAGAUCGAUUUUUGAAGUAAUCUGGAUGCAUGGGACUUUGAAGGGAUAUCAUAUUUUGUUUGUACUUGCUAGUUUUCUAGCUAGUUUGUACUUACUAUUGGAAAUAGGUUUUUCCUAAUUUCAAGUUAUCAUGGGAGAAGACUUUAUCCCCUUUAUUCCUUUUCCGUUUCGGCCUAUCUUUUUGGUUAACCUAUGUUUCUCAGAACGGAUAUAUGUUUGCAACGAAAUUAAUGUAAAUCUGGAAAUUGGUGCUAGUAUAUGUACCAGUUGUUAA